GGAGUUCUCCCAAGAUUCCCGGGCUCCUGUGCUUCUCGGUUUCCUCAUCUGUAAGAUGAGGAUAAGCCAUAUACCUGACUCCGGCUCAUUGUGAGGAUGGAGAUGACAUGAAUGUGUAUGGCACAUGGACUUCAAUAAAUGUACAUUGCCUUCUGCUGUUAAGAGCUGUAAAGAUGUCUGACCAGAAGCAGGUAGCUGCCAAAGCCUCCCUUAUUGAGCAACUGAUGUCUAAAAGGAAUUUUGAGGAUCUUGGCAACCACCUUACUAAGCUGGAGACUCUUCAUGUGACUAAAGAGCAUCUCCAGGAGACCGUCAUGGUCAGGAUGGUGUACAGAGUCCUCAAAAACUGCCCUACGGUGGCUUUGAAAAAGAAAGCCAAGCGUUUCCUGUCAGAAUGGACAGCUCUUUAUAAGGAUCUCCACUUCAAACCAAGGGACAGCCCUAAAUCAUUCCCUACGGGCAGAAACGAAGAAAACUCUGGACUUUUUCAUGACCCAAGUCAGGAUGAGAUAUCAGGUGGCUCCAGUUCUAAUUCAUCACCCCACAAUGUUGCAAGAGCCAUUGAAACACUUGUGCCUGAAAAUGGCACGAGUCAAAUGGAGCCCAGGGAGGAGCAUUUCAGGGGUGGUGACCAAAAAUCCACUGACCAGAGAUCCAGUGAGUCACUGGAUCCCACAGUACCUGUGAGAGCUAAAUGCACAGAACUUCUUUAUGAAGCUUUAAUGAGUUCUUGCACAGAUCAGCCCAAAGCUGAUUUGUGGCAAAACUUUGCAAGAGAAAUUGAAGGGCACAUUUUUACCCUUCAUUCGAAGAACCUCAAAAAGUACAAAACUUGUGUUAGAAGCAAAGUUGACAGUCUGAAGAACCCCAAAAAUUCUCAUUUACAACAGAACUUGCUCUCUAGGACCACGUCUCUGAGAGAAUUCACCGAAAUGACGGUGAUGGAGAUGGAGAUGACAAGCAAGGAACUGAAGCAGUUGAGAGCCUCCUACACGGAAUCUUGCAUACAGGAGCAUCACCUUCCCCAUGCCACUGAGGGCACGCAGACAAAGAAAAUAAAAUGCAGACGCUGUGAGAAGUUCAAUUGCAAGGUCACCAUAAUCGCCAGAGGAACACUUUUCCUGCCAAGUUGGGUGUGGAAUUCAAAUCCAGAUGAAGAGAUGAUGACCUAUGUGAUCUGUAACAAAAGUGGGAAGCAGUCAUAUCAUAGCAAGUGGGUCUGCCUGUGA